CUAUAAUGUUUUAUUGACAUAGACGAAAAACAUAAACUGGGGCAUACCAUUCUAUUUACCGAUAUAGGAUGUUUGAUGUGUUUUUGGAAUUUAAUUCAGUUUCGUGCUUAAGAUUAAUUAAUUUGAACAAGAAAUGUAAAAUUUAUACAAACCGAAACAUUAUCUCUUCUGGACUUCAAAACACAUUGAAAGGUUUAAGUUACACAGAGAUAAUUAUAACUCCAUUUGUAUGCAUUAUCGAAAUGUUUUCAAAUCUGAAAUUGAAUUGUAUCUUGUCAAACAGAUCUCUACUCGGACUUUUAUUCAAGAGAAACGAAAUUAAACAUUUAUUUAGUUAAUUCAGUUGUGGUAAUAUUUCUCGUAUGCAGGGAAUGCUGUGAACAAACUUGCAAAGAAUUAAUUAUUUCAGUGGCUAGGAUACAUAUGACAGCUCGGAAUUCCGUACUAGUGAGCAUAGGGUGUCUUUGAGUACUGUUAUGAACUUAGAUUGAAUUCAAAAUACUUUCUUUAAUCUCAUCAUGAAAUUUCUGCUAGUAAAAUGAUCGAAUUUAUUCGUGGCGUUAAUUGAAACUGAAUAAACAUGUUGACAACUGAAAGUUGAUUUGAAUAAAAACGGGAAAUAUGAGUUUGGAUUUUCAUUUACCGCCGAUUCAGAUACCCCCUGUGCAGCCCCCUGUUGUUCUUACUGAUCCUUAUAGAGGCAGUCACGUGUUGAGAUGGAACAAGUCUCGGGGACAGCCGGACAGCAGCCGGCUGACACAGACUAUGACCCGGGAGUCGUCAUUUAAUCUUUCGAUUGACGAUGACGAUAUGAAUUCAACAUGUACACCGUACCGUUUACCCAGACUGUCACCGAGAUUGGGGGACCAGUCACCAAAUUCUGAUACAGACAACUCGCACGAUGAUUCAAAAUCAAAUGAUAAAGUUUGGAGCCGCUAUGGCUAUGAGAAAAUUAUAAGAAUCCCCGAAUUAAGUCCACAGAUUCGAAUGUUGGUACCACCACCGAAGUCGUACGCCAGUCCAAGUCCAUAUCAAACUCCAGCCCCUAGGUUUAAGAAUGCUGCAAUAACUCCAACAGCCCGGUCCGUGCCAUGGCACCUCGGCCGGGAUAUAGACGAUUCACAUUUACAACUAUAUCAAAGCAAUCAUUCACGUGUUCAUGAUGAGGAUUAUUCGUCACGUCAAACUAGGUUAGAACCAACGCCAACACCAAUAUCCAGGAGUGAAUCCCCCGCCAAAUCUGUGAAAAGUAUACACUGGAUUUUGGGACACAAUCGCUACCAUACGUUUGAUAAAAAGGGUCGAAGUCACAUUCAGGGUCCAUAUUCAAGAGAGUUCAAUGUGACGUGUAUGCCGCCAAAUAACUGGCUCAAAAUGAAGUGGGGACGUUCAAAGACUAUUAUCCACUAGGUUAAGACUUAACAAAUUAGCAGCGAUGAUUUAGAAUAUUAAAUAAUGUAGAAAAUUGUGCUGGUCGAUUAGUGCCAAAUAUAACCAGUUAAAAAACCUCGCUUUGUCUAUGUUUAAGUAUUUAUUUUAUUUGUUAAAAUUAAUUCAAAGUUAUCCAAGACAAAGCAGUCAUUGUAAGUUGUAACCAAUUUCGACUUCGAAUGAAGGCAACAUAAUUAUGUAUCUUUAAGUGCAAUUCAGUGUAAGGUUUUCGAAAACGGAAAAGAAGUGAAUAUAUUGUUCAAAUGCUCUUAAAAAUUGAAAAUUCAAACAGGAUAUUUGUGUAGUAUAAGAGGGAACGAACUAUUAAAGAUACAUUUUUAGUUAUCAAAAUACAUUUCAUAUAAGGUGAUGGAGAUCUUCGCAAAGAAAAAAUUCAUCUCGACAUACUAAUACAAAGAACUCUAUUAAAAUAAUAGUGUUUAGUGUCGUGUAUUUUAAAGGCUGGGUACAUGUAGUCACUUUGACUAGGUGUAUAAGGUGUAUCAACACAUUUUUUUUUGUGAAUGUCAACCGCAACACCUUAGAUGAUAACGUUAAUUACAUAGUGUAUAUAGUUGUUAUUAUUAUUUCGUGAUUUUAAUCUUAACGCACACAAAUAAAUUAUUUCUUUGUAAAAUUUGUUCAUACUGGAUCGUGUCAGACCGAAUUUUCUAUUAAAGAAAGACUUUUGAAAAAAGGUAUUGCCGCUUUCAUAUCAAUAACUUGUUCAGUUUCGUAAUAAAGUGAUAUGAUAUCACAGAACAACCCUCCUUUUCGUUAAUGAAUAAGUUGUCUAAAACAUGAAAGAGGAAUAAAAUUUUGCCGAUUUUAAUCAUUUCAAUACCAGAUGAUGACCUCGCAGAGUAAGUGGUCAUGUGGUCUAGACUGCCCCAUUUUUCAUAAAUUAGACGACUAUAAAACUUCAGCUGCUCUUACAGAGUGACCAUUUUUUUUCAAUUUAUAAGACUAUAAAAUUUCAACUGCUGUUAUGACUUUUUUGGCCAACUUAUUUUUAGAUUAUGUUAGCGGGAAUAUAAUAAUGGAACUGUGACUUGAAAAAUUAUAUGUGUGCAAUCUCAUAACGUUAAUACAUGAAUGGUUCUUAGAAAACUAAAGGAAAAAGCUAGAAUUGAUAAUUCUUCAAUAAGCCGCAAUAUUUUUCCCUCUUCGAAUGUUGUUUAUGCGAUAUAUUUAAAAACUAUCUGUGAUAACAAUUAAGACGUACAAAAGCUAA